GCACUACUAUCCACUGGCAUAAAAUUGUCUGAGAGAAAUACAAGUGUUUAGGCACACCUUCUACCCAAACAUUGCCAAAUCCCUGGCACCUGCCUCAGCUGCUGUCUGGAAAACUGAAGUAAGAACCCUCUCCAAAUGUGAAAGACCUUCCACUCAAACGUUCCCAAAAGCACUCCCUGCUAACCAGUCAUGGAGCCACCCCAUCCUCCCUUUCUUUAUGCCUCUCUGGUGACAACAGCUAUGGCCUUGCAUUUCCAUGGGCAAGCCCAGCUCAGGGGACUGCUCCUCUCCCUCCUUGGAUAGGUCUGCUCAUGUGUCACUACUGUGCUGCCCCAGCGGAAGACUCAAAAUCUGGAACUGAAAGAAAUGGAGACCCAGAUGCCGGGGCUUUGGAAGGUCUGUGUGAAUCAGGAAGAAAUUGCCACUGUGUGCAAGGCCUUUGAGUCCUUCUUGUCUCUGCCCCAGGAGCUCCAGGUAUCCAGGAUACUCAUGGUAGCCUCCAAUGGGUUGGGACUACUGGGGCUUCUGCUCUCUGGCUUUGGGUCCGAAUGCCUCCAAUUUCACAGAAUCGGAGGGGUAGUCAAGAGGUAGUUUUGCCUCCUGGGAGGGGCUUUGGAGGCAUCAGCUUCAGCCACUACCCUCUUUCCAGUCUCCUUGGUGGUCCACAUCACGAUUCAAGACUUCUUGGAUGACAGCAUCCCUGAGAUUGUGCCUCGACGGGAGUUUGGAGAGGCCCUUAACAUAGGCUGGGCUGCUGGUAUUUUCCUGGCCCUUGGUGGGCUAUUCCUCAUCUUCUCCACCUGUCUGAGGAAAGAAGCUGUAUCCUCUCUCCAGAUGGCUGAUCUCACAGUCUCACCAUCCAGUGAUCCAGCAGAUGACUCAGACGUCACCUUCCACCUAACACCAGGACCUAGGAGCUUGAUGAUCUAGGACCAACCUCGGCCAAGGAGUCUUUGAAAUAGGGAGUGCCAGUAGAAUCCUUUCUCUUCCUUACCCUUUAUCACUCUAUAUUUGUUUGUUUCAUUGAAGGGGUGGUGGUUACUGUCUCACUUGUUAAUGAUUUGACUGUCUUGGGCUCUGGUGAUAUGGUGAUUCUAAUUUCAAAUGAAAAAACAGGGCACAGUGUCUUACAAAGAUGUUUUUGUGAUUUGAAUACUUAUUUAUAUAAAAAUGUAUUUAAACUCUAA